UUGAAAGCAUGGCUGCGGACAUGAGAUUACCAACUACUCGGAAACAAGUAUCAUUAUCAAACUCUCUGUCAGCUUUGGAUGGAAAGGAUUUAGUGGUUCCCGGUGAUGUGAUCACAUCAGACACAGGGUUUAUGAGGGGUCAUGGGACUUACCUGGAUGAAGAAAAACUUACUGCUUCUGUGGCUGGAGAGGUGGAAAGGGUGAACAAGCUCAUCUGUGUACGGCCGCUCAAGACCAGGUUCAAUGGGGAAGUUGGAGAUGUGGUGGUCGGAAGGAUCACAGAGGUUCAACAGAAGCGCUGGAAGGUGGAGACAAACUCCAGGCUGGACUCUGUGUUGCUGCUGUCCUCUGUCAAUCUGCCUGGAGGAGAGCUCAGGAGAAGAUCAGCAGAAGAUGAGCUCACCAUGAGAGACUACCUCCAGGAGGGGGACCUCAUAAGUGCAGAGGUGCAGUCCGUUUUCUCUGAUGGAGCUCUUUCUCUUCACACUCGCAGUCUGAAGUAUGGAAAGCUGGGGCAAGGGGUCCUUGUGCAGUUAUCUCCAUCUUUGAUUAAGAGACAGAAAACCCACUUCCACAACCUGCCGUGUGGGACCUCUAUCAUCCUGGGUAACAACGGCUUUGUGUGGCUGUACCCCACCCCAGGACAGCAGGAUGAGGAGGCAGGAGGAUACUACACUAGUCUGGAGCCUGUCUCACUCUCAGACCGGGAGGUGAUAUCGCGGUUAAGGAACUGCUUGCUGGCCCUUGCGGCACACAAGGUGCUGCUGUAUGAUACCAGUGUGCUCUACUGCUACGAAUCAUCACUCCCACACCAGAUCAAGGAUAUCUUAAAACCAGAGGUGAUGGAGGAGAUUGUGAUGGUGACACGGCAGAAACUGGUGGAACAAGAGGGUUAGGGAACAAAAUGGAACCUGGAACUUUAUUGCAAUGGAAAGUUUGUGGUCUCUGCAUUCCAAGUCUAGGCACCAAGACCUUAACUGCGUUGUGGACUGAACUUCAGACAAAUGUUUCAACUCGUCUGUUAAGAAGAUACCGGUGACUUGCAUAUCCCAAUUUUGAUACAGCUUCUGGUUUGAUCAGGAAAUGCAUGCCUCUCCUGUUUAGUGUAUGAAGCCAACUAAAUGUUUCUCAAUAAAUACCUAUGUUGGAGAGGAACAGUCAUGGAUUUACUGGAUUAGAAUGUUUUUGCAUUCUGCAGUCAAGGAUGCAACCGUUUCUUCAUUUCUUAGUGAUUGUUUAAUAGACAACUUGAAUAGAGGACUGUUGAUAAUGUCAUUGUUUUUUAUGUGAACUUGUAAGAAAUAAAUACUCAAGGCUAUUAAUGCCUCAAACCUUCA